GUUCCUCAUCUAAUAGCGCGGGAAAACAAGCACCUCCGCGGGGAGGGUCUGGGAUUGGUACACACUGACGAUGUCUACUUGUUGUGGUUUUCGUUUGGGUUGUUCGGCGCUCAUCAUUACUACCUUGGUAGAAAGGGCUGGGCCCUGCUUUACAUGUGCACGUUUGGAUUUUUUACAAUUGGUUGGUUAUUGGACAUAUGCCGCAUUCCGUGCCUCGUUUUGACCCAAAACAACCACGCCGUAAUUGAUGAUAUUGACGACACGAAAUACGCCAGCAGUGUGGAGUUUGUGUCUACUAUAUACGACAAGACAGUUGAAAUGGAGUGUAUCCCGGAGAGAAAAGUCGUCCAAGAAAGGACUCUCGACCUGGAUCAUUUUGCCAUCAAGAAUAAAACACCUGUACAACAAAUCUCACCGCCAAAGCAGUACGAAAAUUCCUUCUUCCAACCGCUGGAAUCCCCGAUACACAGACGUUCGCUAUCGUCUUCCAAUUUGGCGGGGAAACUCGGACCAAAACGAGCACCGUCGGUGCGAACGACUAAAACUCAAGUGCAAUCACUCCCUCCGUCACCACGUAAGGCCUGUGACCACGACAGCUCAGAUGAUGACGACGUCAUCAUCACAAAGGUGAUAACAACUCCAAGGGGAAAUGGUUUACCACCUAUAUCAAGAAAUGGCGGCAAACCAGUAUUACAAACUACAGCGUAUGACGAAACAAUUGAUGACCAGACGGUGAACACACCACGUUAUGAUGACGUAGAGCGCAAAGACAAAAAUGUGACGCAACAAAAUGAGGACAAAUUGCUUCAAAACAAAGUAACACAUUUUUGUAUUGACGAUUCAACAAUGUCAAAUAAAAUGACAAACUGUCGCGAGAAUUCACGUAGUGAUGACGUUGUUGUGAAGAAGAUUGUAAUAACACCACGUUCAAACGACACCGUAACCGCCAAGAAAGUAAAAAGCCCCCGUUAUAAUGACGUAGGCAUCACGUCUAUCGGAGGUCGCCCUCGAUCUGAUGAUGAAGACCUCACACACAGGGGACGAGGACCCGUAUGGGACGGACGAGGUGAUGACAUCACAGAGACAUGCGAAGGACUGUCACCAAGGGAGGUAACCCAGUGGAUGAGUUGGCGGGAGGAUGACAUCAUAUUGUAAAACUGAAAUCAACAUUGUAUCAACCAGUGAAUAUUGAUUAUAACGAUCUUGUUUCAUCAUUUAAACAUUUCGCAGAGAUACAGCUCACUAAGACCAUAGUUAUAACGCUAUUAUUGUGUCAUCAACUGGAAGCGGAAGCGGAAACGGAAAUAUUCUAAGCGCAUGUCAAACAUGAAGCUUCCAAUACCGCUUAGGUACCAAAGUUAUUUCAAUGUUGAUACUGACAUACACGGACAGAUGAUGUAACGAAAACUGGACAGGUGUUUUUUUCCAAAUUCGCUAUCAUGCUUAUGUUUUGUAGUUUGCAAUCUAACAGCUGACGUCACUCCGCAAGCAUUAAAUUUCAUCUACAGGCUAGAAAACUGGUGUGAAGCUCAUCAUUCAUGAGAUAAAAUUUAACUGUGACGUCACUGAUAUUAUUGCUAGCAAAGAGUUUUUAGAAAUUAUAUGUUUACCACGACUGGACUCUGAUAGAUGUUUGAGAGUAUACAGUCGCAUCUUCUCGAAAGACCAAUAAACAAACCUCUUUCUCAGGAGUACAUCCCUUUCUCGGCACCACAAAGCAGUACAUUGAUACACUAUCAAAAAAAACUUAAAGGUGAACAACCACCAAAUGCUAAAACACAUC